AUGUUGCGGAGAUUGUCAACCCAGUUCAAGAGGAACAAGGAGUCCAAUGGGGACGCCGAGCCCAAGAGCACCAAGGAGAGCAGCAAGCGCUUCUCCAAGGCGGCGCCGUCCCGGAAAUCCACCACCAACAAUGAUGACAACCACGCCGUGAAGCGCGCGGAGGUUGUUGCUGUCUUCGAGAAGUAUGCGCAGGCAAUUCACGCCUCGCGCGAACCUUUACCCAACCAGACCGGUGAUGGCACCUACCUGAAGCACGACCAGUCCUCUGGUCUGAUCGAUGACAUCAAGUCGCUUGGCUUCCGCGACAUCAACACCGUCAAGGAUUUGAUCAAGAACAAGGCCUCCGGCGAAUUGGUUGAUGACAAGACCUACCUCAUGGAGCGUAUUAUUCAGAUGGUCGCCGACAUGCCGGGACACUCCAAAAACCGUACCGAGCUUACCAACCACUACAUGGGCGAUGAAUACAAGUACCGCUCCGCCGAUGGCUCUAACAACAACCCCACACUGCCGUGGUUGGGUGCUGCCAACACCCCCUACUGCCGCACCAUCCCUCCCCUGACUAUCCAGCCCAGCGGUCUGCCUGACCCCGGCCUGGUCUUUGAUAGUCUGUUUGCUCGCCAGAAAUUCAACCCUCACCCUAACAAGGUUUCCAGUAUUUUCUUCGACUGGGCCUCGUUGAUUAUUCACGAUAUUUUCCAGACCGACUACCGCCAGCCUCACCUCAACAAGACCUCCGCCUACCUCGAUCUCUCCAUUCUGUAUGGUGAUGUCAAAGCGCAGCAGGACCUGAUCCGUUCCCACAAGGACGGUAAGCUGAAGCCCGAUUGCUUCUCUGAGGGUCGUCUCCAGGCUCUCCCUGCCGCCUGUGGUGUUCUGCUGGUCAUGCUGAACCGUUUCCACAACCAUGUUGUGGAACAGCUUGCUGAGAUCAACGAGAAUGGUCGCUUCUCCAAGCCCGGUGCUAAUCUUUCCGAGGAACAAACCAAGAAGGCUUGGGAAAAGUACGACGAGGAUCUGUUCCAGACUGGCCGUCUGAUCACUUGCGGUCUGUACAUCAACAUCACUCUGUAUGAUUACCUCCGCACAAUUGUCAACCUGAACCGUACCAACUCCACGUGGUGCCUGGAUCCCCGCGCCCAGAUGGAGAAGGCUGGUGCUACUCCUUCUGGUCUCGGUAACCAGUGCUCUGUCGAGUUCAACCUGGCCUACCGUUGGCAUUCGGCCAUCUCUCAGGGUGAUGAAAAGUGGGUUGAGCAGGUCUACCACGACCUGAUGGGCAAGCCUGCUGAGCAGGUCACCAUGCCCGAGCUGAUGGCGGGCAUGAAGAAGGUUGAGGGUAUGCUCGAUGCUGAUCCCUCCAAGCGUACCUUCGCCCACCUCCAGCGCCAGGAGGAUGGUACCUUCAAGGAUGAGGAGCUUGUCGCUAUUCUGACCCACGCUUGCGAGGAUGUCGCCAGCUCCUUCGGUCCUCGCAACGUGCCUAAGGCUCUGCGUUCCAUUGAGAUCCUCGGUAUGGAGGCUGCCCGUCGCUGGAACGUUGGGUCCCUGAAUGAGUUCCGUAAGCACUUCGGCCUGAAGGCUUAUGAGACCUUCGAGGAGAUCAACUCCGACCCCGAGAUCGCCAACUCCCUGCGUCACUUGUACGAGCACCCCGACUAUGUCGAGCUGUACCCCGGUAUCGUCUCCGAGGAGGCCAAGGAGCCCAUGAUUCCCGGUGUCGGUAUCGCCCCUACCUACACCAUCUCCCGUGCCGUGCUGUCUGACGCCGUGGCUCUGGUCCGUGGUGAUCGUCACUACACUGUUGACUACAACCCCCGCAACCUCACUAACUGGGGUUACAACGAGUGCCGCUAUGACUUGAACAUCAACCAGGGCUGUGUCUUCUACAAGCUGGCCACCCGUGCUUUCCCCAACUGGUACAAGCCUGACUCCAUCUAUGCUCACUACCCCAUGACUAUUCCCAGCGAGAACAAGAACAUCAUGAAGAUGCUUGGCCGUGAGCAGGACUACUCUUGGGACAAGCCUGCGUUCACUCCUUCGCGAAUCAACCUUACCUCUCACCAGAAUGCUAAGCUGGUCCUGGAGGACCAGAACGACUUCAAGCCGUCCUGGAGCUCCGCCAUGGAGGAUCUGUUCGGUAAGGGUGAGUUCGACAAUGAGCAGCGCCAGGCUCUGGGUAAGGCCUUCAACACUGAAGAUUUCCCUCAACUGGUGAAGAAGUUCUACGAAGAUGUCACUCUUCGCCUCAUCCAGGAGAAGGGUGCCAAGCUGGCUGGUAUCAACCAGGUCGACAUUACCCGUGACGUUGGCAACCUUGCUCAUGUCCACUUCGCUGCCACCGUCUUCGGACUGCCGCUGAAGACCGAGGAGAACCCUCGUGGUCUCUUCACCGAGCACGAGAUGUACAUGAUUCUGACUACUAUCUUCUCCGCUCUAUUCUUCGACGUCGAUGCCACCAAGUCGUACUCUUUGAACCGCGCGUCUACCGCUGUCUCUCAGCAGCUUGGCUCUGUUGUUGAGGCGACCGUGAAGGCCGACACCGACAGCGGCCUCCUGUCCGGCCUUAUGAACAACUUCCGUCCCCACGACAACGCUCUCCGCGAGUACGGCACCGCCGCUCUUCGUCGCCUAGAGGAAUCUGGUCUCAACGCCUCUCAGAUCACCUGGUCGCAGAUCAUCCCGACGGUUGUCGGCAUGGUUCCCAACCAGGGUCAGGUCUUUACUCAGAUCAUCGAGUACUACACCUCCAACGAGGGCAAGAAGCACCUGGCAGAGAUCAACCGUCUGGCCAAACAGGACUCCGCCGAGUCUGAUGAGAAGCUGUACCGCUACUGCCUGGAGGCAAUCCGUAUCAACGGCACCUUCGGCGCGUAUCGCGAGGCCCGCAGUGCUCUCACAGUCGAGGAUGCUGGUCGCCAGAUUGACAUCCAGCCUGGCAACAAGAUCUUCGCUUCCUUUGCCCAGGCCAACCGCGACCCCAGCGUCUUCCCUGAGCCUAAUGAGGUUGUUCUCGACCGCCCUCUCGAGUCGUACAUCAACCACGGCCAGGGACCUAACACUGGUUUCGGCCAGGAGAUUACCAAGAUCGCUCUUGUUGCCAUGCUGCGCGUCGUUGGCCGUCUUGACAACCUCCGUCGCGCUCCCGGCGCCCAGGGUCAGCUCAAGAAGAUCCAGCAGGAGGGCGGCUAUUACGUCUACCUGCGCCAGGACGGCACCUCCUAUUUCCCCUUCCCCAUGUCGCUCAAGCUUCACUGGGACGGCGAUUUCUCCUUCCCGGCCCUUCCGGCCAAGAAGAACUAA